AUGCAUACAAAUAAAUCCGCACUGGAUGAUGAAACAAUGGCCAUGCUUCAGAACAGAGCUAUUGCAAUCACCCUCCCAGCUGUGUACUCCUUGGUGGCCCUCAUCAGCAUCCCUGGGAAUGUGUUCUCCCUUUGGGUGCUCUGCUGCCACAUCAAACCCAAGACACCCUCAGUUAUCUUCAUGAUUAACCUUAGCAUCACAGACCUCACACUGGCUUGCUGCUUUCCCUUCCAGAUUAUCUAUCACAUCAAGAACAACAACUGGAUCUUUGGUAAGAGUCUUUGCAGCUUAGUCACAGUUAUGUUCUACUCAAACAUGUAUUCUUCCAUACUCACCAUGACCUGCAUCAGCAUAGAGCGGUUCUUGGGAGUGGUGUAUCCCAUGAAGUUAGUUAAGUGGAGAAGAAAGAGAUAUGCACUUGCUACCUGCCUGGGCACGUGGGCUGUUUUGCUAUUGGCCCUAUACCCACUGGCAAGCACAGAUCUGACCUAUGAAGUAAAAGCACUAGGGAUCAUAACCUGUUUCGAUGUGCUCAAAUGGGACAUGCUGCCUAAUGUUGUGGCAUGGGCAACCUUUCUUCUGACGCUGUUUGUUCUUCUCUUCCUGAUCCCAUUCAUAGUGACAGUAGCCUGCUACAUUGGCACUAUUCGGAAGCUCAUUCAGACCUCUAGCAGAUAUGGCAGCAGGCAGAAGACUAGGUCUAUUUACCUGGCUGGAAUUGUCCUCUUGGUAUUCGUCACUUGCUUCGCCCCUAAUAACUUUAUUCUACUUGUGCACAUGAUCAGCCGUCUCUUUUUCAACAAGAGUUUCUACCCUGCUUACAAGCUCACCCUAUGCCUCAGCUGCCUGAACAUCUGUAUAGAUCCAUUCAUUUACUAUUUUGCAUCCAAAGAAUUUUAUCAGAAAUUCAUGCAGGUAAUAGGUCAUAAGGUACUGCUCAGUGACAGUCUGGAGACCAGAAGGGAAAGCUUAUUCUCUGGCAGGACAAUGUCGGCCAGGUCAAUGUCAAGUGGGCCUAUGGAAGGGUUAGAUGGAGUUAAGGUAUGUUUGCAAAGGCAAGAAAGUGUUUUUUAA